CGCCAGCAAUUCGCUUCUCCCUCGCUUCCUUCACUGCAGCCAUGUCCCGUCUCCCUCUCGUCCUCUUCGCCAUCGCCGCCGCGGCGGCGGCCGCCGGGAUCGCCGCCGCGGAGCCCGCCGGCCACGGCGAGGAUCCGCUGAUCAGGCAGGUCGUGUCGUCGGGCGGCGACGACGACCUGGCCCUCGGCGCGGAGCGCCACUUCGUCGACUUCAAGCUCCGGUUCGGCAAGGCCUACGCCACGCCGGAGGAGCACGACUACCGGCUCGGCGUCUUCAAGGCCAACCUCCGCCGCGCGCGGCUCCACCAGAAGCUCGACCCCUCGGCGGUCCACGGCGUCACCAAGUUCUCCGACCUCACCCCGGAGGAGUUCCGCCGGCAGUUCCUCGGCCUGAAGCGGCUCCGCCUCCCGACCGACGCCAACAAGGCGCCGGUCCUGCCGACCGACGAUCUCCCGACGGAGUUCGACUGGCGCGAUCGCGGUGCCGUCACCGGCGUCAAAGACCAGGGAGCAUGUGGAUCGUGCUGGUCUUUUAGUACGACCGGAGCUCUGGAAGGAGCUCAUUUUCUGGCUACCGGAGAGCUUACGAGUUUGAGCGAGCAGCAGCUUGUGGACUGUGACCAUGAGUGUGACCCUGAAGAAUACGGUGCAUGUGACUCGGGAUGCAGUGGCGGGCUGAUGACAACUGCCUUCGAGUACACACUUAAAGUUGGUGGGCUAGAGCGAGAGGAAGACUAUCCUUAUACUGGGACUGAUCGUGGUUCUUGCAAAUUUGACAAGAGCAAGAUUGCAGCAUCAGUAUCUAACUUCAGUGUUAUUACCCUGGACGAGGAACAGAUUGCAGCAAAUCUUGUCAAGAACGGUCCCCUGGCUGUCGGGAUCAAUGCAGUGUAUAUGCAGACAUACAUAGGAGGAGUGUCGUGCCCAUAUAUUUGCGGGAAGCAUCUCGAUCACGGGGUGCUCUUGGUCGGGUACGGAUCUGCUGGUUAUGCUCCCAUCCGGUUCAAAGAGAAGCCUUACUGGAUAAUCAAGAACUCGUGGGGAGAGAACUGGGGCGAGAAUGGAUAUUACAAGAUCUGCAGGGGCCGCGAUAUCUGUGGCGUCGACUCGAUGGUGUCGACCGUGGCUGCUAUUCACACCACAGCUCAUUAGAUCACCGAGUCGCAGGAAAUCCUGUGACAGGCGUCACAAGGUUUCCUUCAUGAACGCCCAGGUGAGCGUGUUAUGGUAUUGUUUUAGGUGUCGUACCUUUUCAAGACAUUGGACACAGUUGAAAGUAUCCGAAAUGCUAUUCUGCUGUUGCAUCUGUAAAGUAUAAGAUGAUACCAUGUAUGCUAACUAUCUGUGAUUAUGUGUGGCCAACUGAAAUUAUAACGUAUCUCUGCGUGCUCCUAAA